AGCAGGUGUGACUCGGUGGGUGGCGAACGGCAACGAGCACACUGCUUCUAAAUGAUUUCCCUGCUGUUGUCUCAACAAGCUAAUAAGUCAUCCAUGAGUUUUAUGAUUAACCAUUGUACUGGAGCUGCUCUGAUUGGAUGGCAGCUUUUCAAUAGGAAGUAAAAAAAAAAGGCAUGUGAGAAACAGUGUUGCAGCGAUAUUGCCUUCCGCAAUCCCCAUAAUCCGCAAGUUGUGACUGCCGACACCGUGUUGUUUUUAAUGGUGCAGAGCCGAUGAUAGUGAACUUGCAGGUAAAGUCCGUCAUGUCAGGUGACGGACAAUGAGGAAGACGGGAGGCAAACAGUUUCACUUUCAUCAGAUCAGACAAUCUUGAGAGGUCCCACACACUUCCUGAUCGCCACAACUUUAGUGACAGCAGUGUGAGAGUUGUUCAGAAAGCGCAGACGAGACUGGAUGGUGCAACAGUGAGAAAUGGAUUAUGUACGAGCGCAAGAGUCGCCGCAGAGCAAGGGCUCCGUGUGGCACCGGGAGCACAGUGAUGAGUUUGCUGACAACAGGCCAAGUGAUGUCUCUCUGAAAUCUCCCACUCAGGAUGAGACAAGGCCCUUCAGAAGAGUGAGAAGCCCGUCCAGACCGAGGGCGUGGACGUCCAGUUCGUACAAGCCGAGGACAGGAGGAGGAUUUUACAGGCCUCGUUUUCCGAGAGAUGAGCAGUCCUUCCGGAAACCUGGCGUUGGCCUCCAGCGCUACCACCAUCUCAGCCACGGGCCUUACUUCCACCGGAGAGAUUACUUGCAGGCUAAAAUGAAGCACACUUCACAGAGGGACCGGGAGACGGAGCGGGAGAGAGAAAAGACAAAACAGAGGGACAAGGAGAGAGAGAGAGAGAGGGAGAAGGAGCAAGACUGGGAGCAGAAGAGUGAGCAGAGGAGUGAGCAGAGACAGGGCACUGAGACAAGCUCACCUCCAAAAGAAAGCGCCGCUACUUGGGGACCUUUGUUCCCCAGGUCUAUUUCCAGCAGAGACAAGGAGAAGCAGUUCACUGUUUCUCAGGAGAGUGAAAGAAACCAAAGCAGAGAGCGAGAUCACAAAGGAGGCAAAGGCAAAGAACGAAGUCGAGACAGAGAGCUCUCUUCAACUGUAAGCCAGGCAGCAGCACGAAACAGAGCCAUCCAGCAGAAGAGGAGAGAGAUAGAGGAGGUGUAUCAUCAGGACUGCGAAACGUUCAGUGUGGUGGCGAGGAUGCUAAUAGCCAAGGAUCCCUCGCUUGAGAGUCCCAUCCAGUCCUCUCUGCAGCAGAACCUCAGGGAAAUAGGCCUGCGCUGUGUGGAGGCCAUGGAGAAAUUUAUCGAGGAGUAUGACUCCAGGGAACCCUCGACGCACUAAUCAAACAUACGCACAACACACACCUCUCAUCUUUCCUGCCUGCCGUCUUUAGCAUACAUACCCCUGGUAAAUGUUGACACUCUUCUUUCAGGUGGUUGAACGGCGCCUGUGUGUGUGUGUGUGUGUGUGUGUGUGUUUGUUUGGUAUGCCAGCGGCUGUAAUGAGCUCGUUUGUCCUUGUCUGCUGCCUGGUCAAAGUCACUCUUGGUGUUAAGCCGUCUGGUGGCUCUGCUUCGACCUGCAUGUUUUGCGUGACCACUGCUGAAAUGUGAAUCCUCAAUUUUCAUAAUGAGUAUUCUGCAUUCCUUUUGAUGUUGAGACUGUGAUGAUUAUAAGAAAAAAAAAACUGUGGAUAUAUUAAUCAGAGGCGUCUUGAAGUGUAAGAAGCAAAAAAGGGCUUUUUUGAUGUUUACAUGACUGAUGUUCAUAAUUUAUCGUUAUCACUCACUGGCCACUUUUUCUAAAUCUUUUCUAAAUCUGCUUAUAUUCAUGGUACAUUAAAUAUGAGAUGAUUAA